AUUUUAGUUGACGAGAGAAACUCGUUGGAAAAACGUUGUUUUAGGUAUAAAAGUAUUCAAUCUCGUAGAUUUGUGUGUUAAUUUAUUGUAAAUUUAAUAAGUUAUUAAAAAAAAAAACAAAUUUUUAAAUAUGAGGGAAAUCGUACAUAUUCAAGCUGGUCAAUGCGGUAACCAAAUUGGAGCCAAGUUCUGGGAAAUUAUUUCUGAUGAACAUGGUAUCGAUGCUACCGGAGCAUACCAUGGGGACAGUGAUUUGCAGUUGGAACGUAUUAACGUUUAUUACAAUGAAGCAUCAGGAGGAAAAUAUGUACCACGUGCCGUAUUGGUUGACUUAGAACCAGGUACCAUGGACUCCGUACGUUCUGGACCAUUUGGACAAAUUUUCCGUCCAGAUAAUUUUGUAUUUGGACAAUCUGGUGCAGGAAAUAAUUGGGCAAAGGGACAUUACACAGAAGGUGCUGAAUUAGUUGAUUCCGUUUUGGAUGUUGUACGUAAAGAAGCUGAAUCAUGUGAUUGUUUACAAGGAUUCCAGCUUACUCAUUCAUUAGGAGGUGGUACUGGAUCCGGUAUGGGUACAUUAUUAAUAUCAAAAAUUCGUGAAGAAUAUCCCGACAGAAUUAUGAAUACAUAUUCAGUAGUACCAUCGCCAAAAGUAUCAGAUACAGUUGUUGAACCAUACAAUGCCACAUUAUCUGUACAUCAAUUGGUUGAAAAUACAGAUGAAACAUAUUGUAUUGAUAAUGAAGCUUUAUAUGAUAUUUGCUUUAGGACAUUAAAAUUGACAACACCAACCUACGGUGAUUUGAAUCAUUUGGUAUCAUUAACAAUGUCUGGUGUAACAACAUGUUUAAGGUUCCCAGGUCAAUUGAAUGCUGACUUGAGAAAAUUAGCUGUCAAUAUGGUACCAUUCCCACGUUUACAUUUCUUUAUGCCUGGUUUUGCUCCAUUAACAUCAAGAGGUUCACAGCAAUAUAGGGCAUUAACAGUACCAGAAUUAACACAACAAAUGUUUGACGCUAAAAAUAUGAUGGCUGCAUGUGAUCCACGACAUGGUAGAUACUUAACAGUUGCCGCUAUUUUCCGUGGCCGUAUGUCAAUGAAAGAAGUUGAUGAACAAAUGUUAAAUAUUCAAAAUAAAAAUAGCAGUUACUUCGUUGAAUGGAUUCCAAAUAAUGUUAAAACAGCUGUUUGCGAUAUUCCACCACGUGGUCUUAAAAUGUCUGCAACAUUUAUUGGUAAUUCCACUGCCAUUCAAGAAUUAUUUAAACGUAUUUCGGAACAAUUUACUGCUAUGUUCCGUCGUAAAGCUUUCUUGCAUUGGUAUACUGGUGAAGGUAUGGAUGAAAUGGAAUUUACAGAAGCUGAAAGUAACAUGAACGAUUUGGUAUCUGAAUAUCAACAAUACCAAGAAGCGACUGCUGACGAAGAUGCUGAAUUCGAAGAAGAACAAGAAGCUGAAGUUGAUGAAAACUAAAUUAUAAAAAUUUAAAAUCAAAUAUUUAAAGAAAAUCCAUAUUUAAAAAAAAAGAAUCUAGUUUCUUCGUCGUUUCUCUAUAUUUAAUAAGGAAAACCAACAAAAAACUUCUUUCUUAUUAAUAAUUUAAGAUAAAAAAAAAAGUAAUUAAACCUAACUAAACAACAAUAAAAAAAACAGUAAAACAUUAAAACAAAUUUUCAAAUUUUCUCUUUUAACCAUAAUUAAUUUUGUUUUUAAAAUUACAAACCAAGCAAAAAAUCUAUAGAUAAGAACAAAAUAAUAGUAGACUCACUGCCAAAAUUAUCUGAAAAUUUGGAAGAAACAGCAAACCUUAAUUUGAAAUUAAAACUUUUUACAAUCAGAUUACUCGCUCUCAAUUUAAAAAAGAAUAAAAUAAUAUCAAUAACAUUAAUUGAUAUUAUGAUGGAUAUUAAGAGAGUGAAACAUAGGAAACGAUAUCAACAUAAUAAAUAAUAUUUCAUUCAUCUUAUAGAAGCAAUUCAUUACAAGUAAUAGAAUUUUGUAAGAAAAGAUUAUUCUGAAUGUAAAAUUUUUAACAGCAAAACAAUUUCCUAAUGUUUAAAAUUUUUUUCAAAGUUAAUCGCGCGCUUAUUUUGAUUCUUGCAAGCAAAUUCCCGAUUUUCGUUAAAGAACCGCAGCUAAAAUUUUUUAAAUACUUAACAAUUUAUGCAAAUACAAAAUAGAAAAUCGUAUGGAAAUUUGACUUUAAAGUACUAAUAAACAUGGGAAAAUAUAAUAAUUUUUUUAAAUAUUUUUUUUUGUAAAAUUUUUUAAAAGAAGUCUUUCUCAGUAUUUUGUUCAUAAGUUUAAAAUUUGAAAAUAAUAUGGCAACAUAAACUCUUGUUGGAAUAUGUACUAUUAUUUUCAUAUUUUAUGAAAAAAAUUUAUGAUUAUAACUAAAUGUUGUUAAAUUUUUGAUUUUAUUUUCUUAAAGUAUGAAUUGUCUUGAAUAUACAUUUUGCAGAAAAA